AAAUGGCUGAGAAAAAUAAUGUUAAUGUAAUGUGUGUUUUCAGUUGUGUAGACUAGUAUACAUUUGUAACUCGCUAAUGGAGUAUAUAUCCCAGUGUCGCAAGCAUAGGUAUAUCUACUUAUCCAGUAUGACUCUACAUUUACCUCGAUGUUUAGAAACAGAUGAUCCAACUUAAAGAAUUUUUUUCAAUUCCUAAGUGAGAUGUUAUUCCGGAAGACCUGUCUCCAGUAGCGGAUCUAGAAUUUUACCGAGGAGGGGGCUUCAUAAAUAUUAAUUUUUUUUUGCUGAAGUUGAAUCUUGCGGAAGGGUAGGGAAGCAAUGAAGCACUAAACUACUAAGUUGAGCAAGAGCAGCAGAGCAUUAUUUUCUCUUUUAAUUGAUUCACUUCACUGAAUUCACUUCACCUGCGGCAGGAGAGAGCGGUGGGUAUAAUGUAGUAGAUUAUUUAGUCAAUGGGUUGGGCUUGCAAUAAAAAUGAAUGGGCUCAAAAUAAUUGGGGUGGACUCAUUUAUAAAAUAUACAAAUCUCAGGACUUAGAAAGAAAAUUGAAGUUGUUAUGGCUCAGGGGUGGGCUAAAGCCCCCCAUAUAAAUCCGCCACUGCCUGUCUCUACGCCUCUCCUUAUUUAUUUGAUGACAUGUUAUUGCUCUACAAUAAUCUUGCAGAUCUUUUAGUUAUAAUCAACUUUUUCCCCUGUUAAUAUAUAACUAGUAAUUGUUGCCCGCUACGCAUGGGCAUGAUAAAGAUUAUUUGUAAAAUUUUUAAAAAUAAAAUCAAAAAUAAUUCUAAAAGUUUUUUCAUUGGCAAAAUUUGUUUAAAUUUUCCUUAGUGAUGUUAUUUCCUUGAUUAAUAUAUUUUGUUAUAUUCUUAAGAAUAAGAAUUCAAUAUAAUUUUUUAUAAAUAAAUAAAAGGUAACAUUGCUAUGUGAAAUUUAAUUAAAAUAUAAAGAUUAAAGUUGAAUGUGUACAUUAAAUAUUGUAUCGAUAGUGUAACUCCUGCAGACCUGCACAGCCGUUUUCAUUAAAGUAAUUAUUAAUGCUGGAGUUUCAAAAAAACCUAUAUUCUUUUCUUCUACUUAUCUCCCCAAGACUAAGCAAGAAGCCCCAUUUCACUUCAUCAUCUUCUUUGUCUGAAACCACUUCGCUGUGUCUUGUAAUUGUGAGUAUGAAUUCAUCUGGGCUCAUAUUUGAGAAGUUCUUGAAAUUCCUGACUAUUAAGGAUAUCGAUUCUGAUGAGAUUCAAGUCCCAAAGAAGAUCCUUGGUAGAUAUGGGGACCGACUACCAGAGCGUUUCUUUUUCAAUUUUCGGAAUGGGUAUGAACUGCCGGUGAAAUUCACAAAAGAUACUGGCAUCAUCAAAGGAAUGCAGACAUUGUACCAGGAUUUCGAUUUAACUGCUGGUGAAAUGCUUUUGUUUGAAUAUAAUGGCAUGACUGAUCUGAAUGUGUACGUCAUAGGAAAGGAUAAGAGAGAAAUUGAUUAUCCGCACUUGGUACACUCUACUCAGAAAAGGGUUCCUCGUGUUGUCUCUAUGAAGAAUGGUGGUAUAAGAUUCAUAAAUUUUGUUACAGAUCAGGAUCCCUUGGCUGAUGAAUUUGAACCUCCCUUGUCUUUUGAGAUAUCAUGUCCAUUGGUUCCUGCUUACCAGAGCUUUGUUUUUAGUAACGGCAAAGAGUUUGAGGCACGUUAUGAUGCUCAACGGCGACGCUUUCGUGGCCUUAGUGCUUUCUGUAGAGAUGUUGGAAUUGAUGAUUUUAGUGGUUUUAACCUGUUGCUCUUUCAGUAUGAGCUUUAUGGUAAUGUUACGAUCUCUGCAUUUGAUGAUGCAUUUGUUGAGGUCAUGUUUGUUGGAGGGCCGUUAUCUGUUGGUUCAAUUUCCACUAAUCCAAGCAUUCAUGGUUCGUUUUCAAUCACUGUACAACCAUUCCACAUGAGCAAGUACUGCUAUGGAGUGGAUAUAUCAAACGAAUUCUAUCACCAAUCGGUCAAAUGGAAGAAGAAGGACUACAUCAAGGUUUACUCAGCUGAAAAAGCAUGGAAUCUUCAGGUUAGGCACAGAAAAAACCCAAGGUUAUAUCGGACCACAAUUCAUGAUGGAUGGAUAGAAUUUAGGGAUGAUCUUGGUUUGGAGGUAGGUGAUGUGUGUGUUUUUGAGAGUGCCACUGGGAGUUAUGACCGUUUCUCUGUUCGGGUGGUUAAAAAAGAGAAUUAAUUAAUAUCGACAAUCAGGGCAAAUGUAGUACUUCAGACUCUGCACUUGUUUUCCUACUUCUAUGUAAUCCUUAUUCUAAAUUGACUGAUUUUGUUGACGUGUUUUAUGCUAAAAGAUGUUGAUUAUUCCACUAAUCCAUUUAGAUGUA